CAAUUUGAUCGCGCGAUACUGGACGGACCCACCACUCCGCCGCCGAACCCGUUUGCCACGAUACUUCAUCAUCGAUUGCCGGGGGCGGCGCGUGUGUACGAGAGACUUGCGUGCGUGUGUGUCCACUGUUCAGUGCCCUCGCUGUUCAUAUGGUUCUUGUGCGCCGGAUUGUUGUACAAAGAUCAGUACAAGACCACACGACGAUGAAAUAACUCCGAUCAAUCCGCGCGCAACGACAUCGCUGAAGCCAAGCAACACACACAUUCAACGUCCGUCCGUUCCCGAAGAAUUUGGCUCUUCUUGUUCGACCGAUAACCAUUGCCCGGAACACCAAACAUACCCGAGUCGUGUAAGAUACAUAUACUAUGGACAACGAAAAGGACAUAGAGAGCAGCCAAUCAAUAAAUGACAAUAACACGGAGGAUAUUAUUCAACCAGAUUUGCUGUGCCAUCAUACUUAUGCUGUUGAUUCUCAAGUGGCAAGUAAUUCCAAUUUAGUCAUAAACCACUCAUUGUCAUUUAGUCAUGCUUCUUGUGAACGAUCUAAAACACAAGAAGAAGAAUGUGCUUUUUUAACAAAUAAUCUCCAAAGUGUUCAUUUGACACGUGACAAUCCAUUAUCUCUUAACCUGCCAUCACGACAGCGUCGAUUGAUACCAGUCAAUAAUAAAGUUAAUGAUUAUGACUAUGAAUCAAGUUCUGGUAGUGAAUUCAGUGAUGAUCCUGACAGGUUCUUAAAUGUUGAUCUUGAAACUAAACCAAUACCUGAGUUAACAGCUGAAGAAGAGUUAAAAGAAGAACGAAAUUGGAAAUCAUGUACGGUAACUGGAGUUGUUAGUAAGAUUGAUAUGAAAGUAAUAGAGCCUUAUAAAUGUGUUCUAUCACAUGGUGGUUAUAUGACAACUGGUUCACAUAAUGCUAUUAUUGUAUUUAGUGCAUGCUAUUUACCACAUCGUAAUCGAGUAGACUACAAUUAUGUUAUGAACAAUUUAUUUGCAUAUGUUAUUUCAACUUUAGACCAAUUGGUUACAGAAGAUUAUGUUCUGGUAUAUUUGCAAGGGGGUACGUCUAAAGAUUGUGUUCCUGGUUUUUCUUGGCUUAAACGUUGUUACAAAAUGAUUGAUAGAAAGUUAAGGAAGAACUUGAAAUUUUUGUAUUUAGUUCACCCAACAUUUUGGUUAAAAACUCUUGUAUUGAUGAUUAAACCAUUUGUUAGCUCCAAAUUUGGCAACAAGAUUCAUUUUGUCAACAGCUUGGAUGAACUCUACGAAUAUGUUCCAGUUGAAAAAGCCAGUAUACCUGACAGGGUGAAACAAUUUGAUGGUGCAAAAUCAAAUUCUAAUUAGUAGGAAUAUUUUAUCUCUAUUAUUUAUUAUUUUAUCUAGCAUACUAUUAUAAGUUUGAAUAAGUAAUGAAGUCCAGGAACAUGACUGUAUUAAUUAAUUUAUUAAUAUU